UUACAUUUUCUUGCAUAGGGAUUAUCUAACUCGCCUUUCCGUGGCUUGUAAAAAUAUUCUUAAUAAAUCCUUAUGCUGUACUGCCUCUAAAAUUAGUAGUAUAGGAGGCUCAUUUAUACGAUAACCGCCAUUUGUUAAUACUAUUUCUAUCGAUAUAUAUAUAUAUAUAUAUAUACUCUAGCCGAUUAAUUCAAUUUGUUUCUGUAGCUCAAAUUUUAUUAGCGGUGUAUUAGAUUCCAUAAUUAGGCUUGUAUUAGAUUCGCUGUUAUCACCGAAGGUACUGAAUAACGGCCGGCCUUUUAUUUUUGUUUCCAUGCAUUGAAUUAAUAUUAUUUAUUUUUUCUUUUAUAAAGACGGUAUCAUAUUCUUUAAGAACAUAAACAAUAGUCCUACAUUUGUAUUAUUAUGCUGCAGGAUGAAGGAUCGUCGUCAAAGCGUCGUGAAAGGGUCUUGAAGGCGUGCGACUUCUGUCGUGGUAGAAAGGUUAAAUGUGAUGGUAAUCAACCAUGUGCAAAUUGUACCCAAAAUCUUACUGAGUGUCACUACAAACUUACUCCAAAUAAACGAAGAGCCGUUAAGCCCAAAGUAACGCAAAAGACUAAGCUUGAGUUCAUCGAUGAUCGACUUUCUAGAUUAGAAGGAAUCUUGCUGAACUUUGUCGAUCGAUUCGAUGGGAAAUAUUCAAGCAGCAAUAAGAAAAGGCAGUCUCAUCAUAAACAAAAAUCAGAUGAUGGUGGGAGCGUUGAUGAUGAUGUAACAGACUCUUGUGCCACCACAGACGAAGAAUCUAGUGAAGUCGAAAUCAGUUCUUCUCAUGAUACCAACAUCAAACCUUUUAAUACUGGCAGUGAUGAUAAAAUAACUACAAAGAAAACUAAACAUAGCCUCGACAAUAAUGGGGAGAUUAAACAAGAAUCAGAAAUAGCGACAGCUCCUGAUAAGAACAAAAAUGGUGAAAAUACAGAAUCAGAACCCCCUUUCAAGGAACCAAAAACAGAGGAGUAUUUUGGAAAUCAUUCAAUUGUUUCGAUGUUUUCAGAAAAAUCUCUCUCAACAAUUCAAGAAACCUUGGGGAAUGAAAAUGCUAAUCUAGUGGAUCCAAUUAGGAAGAUCCCCUUUGUUUUCCAAAAUAUUCUGAAACCAGCGUUACUUAAAUGGAUAGACCCUCCGUUAUUGGAUCCAAGAAAAAAGAGAAAACUUUUCCAGGGUAUCUUUCCUGAAGAUAGAAAAUUCGUUGACGAUUUGUUGAAAUUGUAUUACAGUGACAUGUUUUUACCCUCGUUCCUAGUUCCUACAGAUCAUAUUCAACAUCUUUUUGAUAUAUACUAUAGACUGAGACGUCCGACUGCUGCAGCUAGUGCAUCUACUGUGGAAGAAGCGGCGGCUGCUGACACUCCACCUCGUACAAGACGACUCAAGAUAUCUGAACUUUUGAUAAUGUCUUUAUCCCUCUGCUUCUGUAUUUCUUCGAAAAUUGACUGUGAUACACGUGGAGAUGGCCAAUAUGGUUCAUCUUCAAUACAUAAAAAUCCAAAUUCUUUGAAAGAUCUCAGCACUGAGAAAUUAGUGAAAAUAAGGGAAGAAUACUUUGAUUAUGCUGUGCAAUAUUAUCGUAUGAUUCUGGUGGUUAGUGACGGAGUGGAGACGAUUUUAGCGAUUCUUUACUUGCUCAUCUACGUUGAGAGUAAUUUCCUCACCAUUCAUGUCAACUAUAUCUUGAUUGCGGUGGCCAUUAGAUUUGCACAAGAAAUCGGUCUUCAUAGGCCUGAAUCGUACGAAGUAUUGCCCCUCGAAGAAAGAGAAACUCGUAGGCGAUUAUGGCUUGCAUGUCGUGCACUUGAUAUAGAAAUCUGCUAUCGUAGUGGUAAACCACCAUCGAUCAGUUUCCACGAUGAAGAAUUAUUUGCGGUCCCAAGUUAUGGUAAUCCAAGCUUAACGGGCUUACCAUUCUCAUUACUGCUGCAUGAAAACUCCUGUGUAUAUUUCAUGCUGGAGUUCACUCGUUUAAGAGCUGUCAGUUACCACAAGCUCCUCUGUGAUUCUACUCUUAAUUCUUCAUUGGAGAGUGUUGUAGAAACACUUAGUACUCUCAAUAAUGGUCUAUUCGCCAUUACCGACUUAAUGACUCCAGAAACAAAACCAAGACUCUUUUAUGACGCACAGUUCCAAACCCAUGUUUUCGAUGGGAGGCAAUCCAAAGUGGGACCAGGUCAAUGGACCAUAAAGUUAAGUUUCUUUUCACACUUAAUGCUCAUUAACAGAAUUCCUUCGAUGUUGGUGAUGGGUACUCAAACGGAGGAGACUUCGUACUUUCAGGAAUUGUCUUUAAAUAGUGCUCGGACUGUUUUAAUGCUUGUGAAUGACGUUCAUCGUUUAAAGUUGGCAAACUUGGUAUGGAAUUGGAAUUUCUUUUAUCCAAUUGCUGCUUUCUUGAAUUUAUUGGGGAAUUGUCUUUGUAAACCAGAGUCUCCUGAUUUGUUUAAUGAUGUUAAUUUAUUGAUUGAAAUUUCAAUGGAACAUUUUGCAACCAAGGAACAAGUUAAAAAUAUGGAAGAUAAUACUUAUGAUCUUCGAGCAAGAAUGAUGGAUCUUACCAUUAGGUUAUUAUUAAGAGUUUUGAUCUGCUUUACUGAUAGAUUCAGUACUUUAAGAUUCCAGGAAACCAAUCCAAAGCUCAAACUUCAUCUUGAUGAAAUUGAAACAAAGUUCCCUGAUUUCUUCGCUAUCUCAUCGGGUGUAGUUGGGAUUUUACCUCUGGGAUUCCGUAUGACUGAUAGUUUUGAGAAAUAUCAUGGUAAACAUGCUUCCUCUGUGAAGGAAAAUUAUCUGUGUGGUAGUGUGUAUGGCAGUAGUGGUAUCCCCCCUAGUUCUGGAUCUGAUUCUGGCGUUUGCGGUGUUGGUCUCAACCCACAAGGUACUGCAAGUUUGGUUGAUCCGUCUACAAUCUCCAAUGCGGAUAAAAUCUCAAAAUCUUCUAGCAAAUUUAAUGUUAGCCCUGAAUCAAAUAACCUGCUUCCAGAUUCAGGAGUUCCAGAAAUUGAUGAGUUAAUAUUUGAUACUAUGUUCCAAGCCCAAUUAUUCGGAAUACCAAAUCCAUUUUUUGACUCCAGUAUGGGAUUGUGAUAAUUGGAGACUUUUUGAAAACGGUAAGUAUCCUACGAUUGGAUACCAACAAAACAAAAAAUUACUAUAUAUGAAAUAAAAAUUACGAUCU